AUGAGUCGGUGUAAACGAUGCGCUCUCAAAAAUGUGCCCAUGGAGGAAGCUUCUUCAAGUGAACCGACCAUUUCCAAGAAACGCAAAACCACCGAUACUGCUAAUUCUACGUCCUUCCAGUUACGCUCUUCCGACACGCACCGCUGGUUUCCCGACACCACCGUCUCGCCGGAAGCUUCCGUCAAUUCUGCCGGCACCGAGGCUUCCGGUGAAAUUUGCUCCGAUCGCUCUUGCUGCAGCUCCAGCCACGUUAAGGAGCUCCACAGCGUGCCGUUAGAUCUGCAGACCAUGGGUUUCGAAAUGGUAGACUCAACCAACCGGAAUUUCAAACCGUCCAGCUUGUUGAGUCAGUUUUCUGGAGACUCGGAAGAAUCGACGAUGUUUCCGGCGAAGUCUUCGGCGGCCGUGAGCGAGAAUCGGAAAGUGAAGGCGCCGCCGGAGGCGGAGAUCGAAGAGUUUUUCGUAAUGGCUGAAAAGUACGAGCAGAAGCGAUUCGUAGAGAAGUACAACUUUGAUAUUGUUAGAGAUAUGCCGUUGGAGGGUCGCUACCAGUGGGUUCGUUUACAUUGA